AUGUCAGCUCCAAUUACACCACAACAACAACAAGUGUAUAUGCAAUCACCAGCUCAAGUACAAGCCAAAGAGGCAAUUGAGCGUGUAAAGCAAGCCACUUUAUGA